GGCCCACGGGAAGUCUCGAGAGGGUUCCUUCCUCCGUCCUGGGUCAACAAAACCCGACGGAGCAGCCCCGGUCCCCGGCACUUCACACGUAGCGCGCAGCCGCAGAGUCACCGUCUCGCUUCGCAGUCCUACUCGCACUGUCGCACACACCCGUCCCCAUCCUCUUCCGGUCUCGCCCUCCCCUCACGCCGCUCGCCGCGUCCGGCCGCGGCAACCCGACCUGCGUCAAUCGCCAUGGAUACUUUCCAGAGGUGAUCGAGAGUACUAAUUCGCCAUGCUUUAGUUAUUUGUUUCUGAUAAGAUGGAACGGCCACAAGUUCAUUUUUGGCAGCACCAAUGAAAAGCAGCGGGCUCAAUGUUCCGUUUAAAUUAUUUCUCAUAAGAGUUUGCAGUAUAUUUCUUAUAAGACUUUGUUAGGCUAACUGCUCACAUGGAUGAGAUGCAGUUAGGGAACUGAGGACUUCCCCUCCUGCCAAGGCCCAAGUGGAGCAUUCUCCCACUAUCUCUGCAACUAUAGCCUGAGGAGAUUUUCGACUUCUUGAAGAUUAUCACGUUUCUCUGUUUCCAAUUCUAAGUUUCGGUAGCAUAUCAAUUAUUUUCUUUUAGGGCUCGUUUGUUUUCCUUCAUUUUAAUGAAUUGGAAUCUAACUAAUGGAAUAGACUAUUUUUUUAGAAUGUGACAUUCCACUACUUUCCAAAGUUUAUAUAUAAGCCUAUCUCAAAUUCAUGAGGUGAGAGAUGAAAAUUGAUUCUAUAGAUUAACAUAAUUACAUGCUACUUCUCUAAUGUACAACUUAUAGCACACUCUUUUAUUUGCUUGUCUAUAGCAUAAGUGUAGUGUAUAACUAUCUCUCUCAUGUGAUUUAGGAUAAUAUACAAAUAUAUUACAUAUACAAAUAUAUUAACUUAAGUAGUUUGUGUCUAAAUUAUGAUUAUUAGAAUGGAAUUCAAAUCCAAUGAAACAAACGGGCCUUAGGGAAAUGGGAAUUUUAUUGCCUUAACAAAGCAAAUAGAAGAAACCUCUGGUUUUCAAAUGAUAGGCCAGAUCUGAGCAAAUCUGCCAAUGGCACUGUAGGACUUUGUACAUCAAUUAUCCUUUCCCGAAGUAUACAGGGUGUGUAACAUAUUUGUUUAAGUUACUGUUCCAUGUGUCAUGUUAAUUUGCAUUUCAGUUCCUUGCAUUGCACUGACCAAACGCAGUGUUUCUUUGUAUCAUCUCUUUGGACAUGUUAUUGUCACAUCAUGUGGAAUGAUUUUUUUAACGAUUCUGAACAGACUACCUCAAGGCGUCUUGCCGAUAGGAAGAUAGCACGAUUUGAGAAGAAUAUCACAAAGAGGGGCUCUGUUCCUGAGACAGUCAAGAAGGCAAAUGAUUAUCCUGUUGGACCUAUUCUUCUUGGGUUCUUUGUCUUCGUUGUUGUUGGAUCAUCUCUCUUUCAGAUCAUCAAGACAGCAUCAAACGCUGGUUUAUUCUGAGGACAAUUGGUCACUUACUUUUAGUCACUCUAAAGUCGAGGAACAGGGUUGACAUAUGCAGUUUGUCACUUAAAAACUAUACAAGUGUAUGGCGUAGCUGGUACUCUACAAUGUCGCCUUUCUAAUGCUGUACCAUGGAGAGUUUUAAGUUAUAAUGUAUAGUCCAUAUAUAUAUAUAUAUGCAAUGGAAGUGCUAAUUUAAGUCACUUAGCUGACAGGGAAUACGUUCAAUCCAUAAUACAUUACAUAUCGAGUAAGGUCUAGUUUGAGUAUUCUAGUAUUAACCUCAAUUCACAUGUAUUGAGGUAGUUUGAUGUGUAAUUUAAACUAAUUUACACUUCAACACAUGUGGAACAUGUGGAUUGAAGUCUAAAGUACUCAAACAAAGACUAAAGUUAUUUUUAUGCUCAAA